GUGUGUGUGUGUGUGUGUGUGUGCGCGCAUCGCUCUCCCCUCAUAAAACACCCGAACGCACAUCACCGGCCGCCUCUGGAACGGAACAUGACACAGACACGCAGCAGAUCCUUCAUCAAGAGUUAAAAUGAGAAAAAAUCAUGCGUCACCAUCCAACUCAUUCUGCUGAACUACUGUGGAGCUGAAAUCUGAUGGCUGCGUUCCCACAUGAUCCCAGUCCUGACCAAAUACAAGUUUACAAGUUUACACACACAAUUCAUCCUACAACACACACUCAAUGCAAACUUGUCCUCAAACAAAGACGUAACCAUAAGCAUACAAGCUCCUCAGAAAUCCAGCUUUGAGAGAAACCCGUUUUGCGACUGUUUUCAUAUCGCACCAUGUCGAAGGACGACUGUAAGGUGGGCUUUAAACACAAGGAACGCAAGCCCAAAAAGCCGCACUACAUCCCGAGGCCUUGGGGCAAACCCUACAACUACAAAUGCUUCCAGUGUCCGUUCACCUGCAUGGAGAAAUCACACCUGUACAACCACAUGAAGUACAGCCUGUGCAAGAACUCCCUGUCGCUGCUCAUCGAGUCCGACUGGCCUUAUAAAAAAGAGCAGCUCCGGCUCCAGCAGGGAGGCGUUCGCUCACGUAGCCCGACUAAAGGCCACUCAGAGCGGGUCGCGAUGUCAGACGAGCCCUCGCAUUCGGCGGCGAGUCUGGAGGAGGGUGAGAAAGGAGAAUCUGAAAGAGAAGCAGAGAAAGACGAAGAAGUGGUGGAGACAAACUCAUCGACGGCUAUGAAUCCUGAAUCUAUGGAUUCGAGAGGAAGCAAGCGAUCAAAGCAAGAAGCCGACCUCGUGAUGGCCGACGUGUUCUCGCUCGAGGAGCAACUUUUGCGAGCACGUUCGGUCGAAGCGGAGUCAAAACUCAGACACUAUAGAUUGUCCAAAACGUGUCUGUCUGGACCGGCUGCUUUGCUUUCAGAGCAAUGGCGCAUCUUAAGCAACCAGACGUCUGGUGCGAAGCCCAAAUCAGAUCCGGUGGUGUCUUCUCUGUCUUGUUAUCCUCCACCAGCAUCAACGGGUCAAAUCGAAUGCCCAGAAACACCGGGUUUCAAUCUGUCUUUGCUCGGCGUUGGAUAUCCGUUGGCUCCCGGACUCCUUUCGUAUCUAAAUCCAGCACUUAGCUUACCAGCGAGUAUGGCGAACACAAGCGCACCGCUGCCAUUCCUGGCAUCAACCCAUGCACAAAGACACUCAGAGCAUUCUUUACUUCCUCCUCACCUGUAUUACCCUUUCCUGUGCGAGCACACUUUCGGAGCCACGCCUUCCUCGACGUCCUCAGAGACUGGAAAGCUCAUCAAACCGCCAACAGUAAGCCUGCCGGCCCCUUCAUACCCUCCCAAACUCAACCUGUGGAAGGUCCCGGCCCUGCGGCCCACAUCCUCACCCGCGGCCUGGCCAUCGCCCUCCUGUUCCUCCCCAGAACCGAGCCACGGCGUAAAGGAGAGGAUACGGUCCAGGGAAGGGAAGAGCAGCUGGCAGCAGGACGCCUCCUUCAUCAGAGAGCAAAGUCUAAAGAGGACAGCGAUGUCCUUGGACUCCCAUGGUGCACCAGGAGAGAAGAAACCAGCUCUUGAGUUUGCCCUCGACUCUCUGAAAAAUGCUCACAAAUCUACGUCCAUCACCUCCCUGAUGUCCAGCAGGCUGCCAAGCUCUUGA